AUGAGCAGCCCCCACGACACUUCCUCCAAAGGGGGGAAGAAGAAGACCAUGAACCGUCUGGGAGCUUUCUUCAAUCGUCCCCGCUCAACCUCGCCCGGCGCAUCCCUGGGCGCCAAUCCUGACUCCGCCACCGCGCCCGAGGACUCCCCCGGCGACACUUCCCACCUGCGUCCCCUCACAGCCGGCCCCAGCGAAACCCGGACGGCCAGUCUCUCCUCCUCACGCUUCCCCUCGGCCGUCGAUCUCAAUCCCCGUCCUCAUUCCGACAUCGCCAUUUCUCAAGACUCCCUCUCCCCGCCCCUCCGCCCCCCACCGUUGUCGGCUGCCAGCGCCGACGGCUUCUUCGACCCCGAGUCCUUCUCCCGCUUCCGCGACUACCGACAAACCGACGACGCCAUCGCCCGAUUGAUUUCGUCGGAAAAUGUCCAGCGCGGUGUCGGCGGCGUGCACCGCAUCCCCUCGACGUCCUCGGGUUCUGUCUCCUCCGUAUCGCGGUCCGGGUCCGCGCGCGAGUCCACGGCGGGCCCGCUGACCGGCACCCGGACCGGCACGGCGUCGUCUGGCGGCUGGGGGUCCGGCUCCGGGUCGGGAUCGCUGUCAGGAUGGGGGUCAGGAUCAGGGUCCGGCUCGUCAGGGGAUCCCCUGUUCGCGGGGGCUUUCCCACCCCCUCCUGCUACUGCUGCGACUGCCCCCGCCGCCGGCAGUGCCACCACGGCCGGAAGCCUCUCUUCAUCCUCCAUCGUGGAGACGCCCUUCCCGCUACGACACCACGCCUCGACAGGCUCCUACCCCGUCCGCCUCCCCCAGCGCCCGCCGCACCUAGCCUCCCACCAGCGCACCCAAACCUACACCCCGCCCCCCGCCCCGCACUGGCGCUACCCCCUCAGCCCCACCACCCGGGCACUCACCUUCUCCCCCUCAGACGAGAUCCCGCUCCCCCGCGGCCGCAGCCCGCGCGGUCGCGACGAGCGCACCUACGCGCAAGACCUCCACCUCCGCUCGCGCUCCCCCAAAGCAUUCGCACCUCGCCCCGAAGAGCGCCAAAUCCCCAGCGCCGACUUCUCCGACCCAGCCUACCGCCUCGGCACCUUCAACCAAAUGGACAAGGGCAAGCGCGUCAGCCGCGUCGGCGACCAAGAGCGACCCUGGCUCCUGACCAUCCCAGGCGUCGACGACGACGACACCAACACCACCACCACCAUCAACAACGAUGACAUGUCAAUCGCCCCGCGCCGCCGUCGCACAACCGGCGACCACCGGCGCCUCACCCCCUACCAAGCCGCACGACAAGUCCUGGCGGAGGAACAAGAACCCCCAGGCCCAGACGAGCGCCUCCCCACCUACGAAGAAGACGUCAUCGCGCACUAUCACCACCUCACACGGCCACAGCAAGAGUACUACCAGCAGAAGGAAGCCGACGAAGUCGACGACUACAGCAACUACAGCGCCGUCGAUGAAAAGGCCAGCAUCCGAUACACUCUCGACGACGAAAUGUCCCGGUGCAGAUCACCACCACCACCACCACCACCACCACCAUUACCACCCAGCGAGCUCCCCGCAGAGCUAGACGCCGCCCACCCCGCAGAACCAGACGCCACCCGCCCCGCCGAACUAGAUACCGUCCACCCCACGCGCGGCCACAUCCCGGUUGUCACGCGCUCAAGGGAGCCCGUCGAGUUACCUGUGCGGAUCGACGGCGACGAGGGCGACGAGAUCAGGAUGUCCAGUACGGCUUAUCCGGGGCAGGAGUGGCGGCCUGUAGGAUAUUCCGAGUAUGAUUAG